ACUGCGCACCAAGUUCAGAGCCGCAUCUGGUUUUUAGCUUCUUCCUGCAACGUACUGCGCGCCAAGUUCAGAGCCGCAUCUGGUUUAGCUUCUUCGUGAAACGUACUGCGCGCCAAGUUCAGAGCCGCAUCUGGUUUAGCUUCUCCGUGCAACGCACUGCGCGCCAAGUUUUCACUGCGAAGUUGCUGCUGCGGCUGCUGACAUCCAGAACUGCGUCAUGCUCGCUUCGCUUCUUCCACGUGGCACCCCCAUGAAAGGGGGGUACGUUGAGAACUAGCAGUGACGUGGCGAAACCUCCGACCACAGAACAGGGAUCGGGCCGCUUGAAGGUCAUACCUCAACGCUUCUGAAGGAGGGUUUUGUGGCAGACGUGGUGCUGAGCGCUGCUGCCUCAGAAGAAGUUGCUGCCUCUUUGUGGAUAGUGAAUGAUACCAUGGCCCGACAAAUAGCGGAUCGGCUUUGCUCCCUGUCUGGGGGGCUCUUCUCGGCAAGAACGACUGGUAGCCUUCUCCCAUUUUCCCCUUCGUUGUCAUCGUCCUCGGCAGGUUCCUCUUCGUCCGCCUCCCCGUCGAGUAAUGCACUGAGGGCUUGUCAGGCAAAGACGACGACCAUCCUUGCAGCGCUCACAGGACGAAAGACGGAGACGGAGCAGUCGCCUUCUUCGAGUUCUUGUGCAAUGUUGCGGAGCGUUGGGAAAACUGAUCGAUGCGGGCUGGUAUCGACAGCGCGGGUGUCGUCGCAAUCUUCUAUGUGGAGUGAGAAUGGACUCAGCACCGUCGGUUCAAGAUGUAGAUCAAUGGUGACGGUGGAUGGACAUCCGAGAAAGGCCUCGGGAUGGAGAUUAAUCCCUGCCGCAGCUGCGAGUUCUGGCGUGGGAGGGGGAGAGAGAGGAGGUAGGGAGGAGUUUCAUGACCAGGAUGAGCCACUGCUGGAAAGAGAGAUAUUGGUUCAACAUCUUCUUGUCAAGGAGGACCAGCUGGCCCUUUUGCUGGAGCUGGAACAGAAGAUAAACCGUGAAGGCGUCGAUCUCAGCGAUCUGGCCCUCGAUUACUCGCUCUGCCCUUCCAAGGAUCAAGGCGGUAUGCUGGGAUGGAUUGGGAGGGGUAAAACUGUGCCGGAAUUCGAGAAGGCCGCUUUCACCGCGCCUCUUAAUAAAGUGGUGAGAGUGAAAACUAAGUUUGGAUGGCAUUUACUGCAGGUGCUGGCCGAGCGCGCAGCCGCCAAAGUUACGGAACUGAGUGUCGUGGAAUUGGAAGGGAAACUCAAGGAGAUAGCUGGCUCCAUUGAUGAUCUGGAGAGGGAGGAUUUUGACCUGCCACAGCUGAUCGAUGUACGAGAACUGGAGGAGAUCGAGCAGGCAUCGUUGCCGUAUUUCCGAGCUUUCCCCCUCAGCCAGUUUGGAAAAUGGGGGCCAUCGGUAACAGAGGCGUUGGAUCAAGAGAAAGAGACGAUCGUUCUCUGCCACCAUGGCGUUCGAUCUUUGCAGAUGGCACAAUGGCUCUGCUCCCAGGGCUUCAUGAAGGUCAGGAACGUGACGGGGGGAAUCGAUGCGUACUCGAGGAAGGUUGACGCAUCCGUUCCAACGUAUUGACGCCCCAACUGAAUGAAUGACAUUCUUACAACAACUCCAUUUCAAUUCCUUUUACUUUGAUGUCAGUUCGAGGUCAUGCCGAUGUCCAUUUGAUGUUCAUUUGAUGUCGACUUGAUGUUGAUUUGAUAUCGAUUUGAUAUCGAUUUGAUUUAAAAAAAAAAAAAAAAAAAAAAAAAAAAAAAAAGAUGUUGAUUUGAUGCGAUUUGUUGUCAAUUUGUUGUCGAUUUGAUGUCAAUUUGAUGUUGAUUUGAUGUUGAUUUGAUGUCAAUUUCAUGUUGAUUUGAUGGUUGUUUGAUGUCGGUUUGAUGUCGAUUUUAUAUGAAUUUGAUGUCAACUGGAUUUCAAUUACAAUCAAACAGAUGUGAAUUCCAUGUCAAUCCCCAUGUCAAUUCAAUUUGGAUUGGGUUUCAGUGUGAUAUCGAUUUGAUUUGAUCUCAAUUGGAUAUCAGCUCACUUCAAGAUGCAUUGUUUAUCAGCGUACAGACAGGGCAACUUUAUGAUUUCUUCAAUCCAAAUGCAGAGUUGUUGAAUUUGGGUGACACAAACACAUAUUAUAACACCAGCGCUGAUGUGUAAACUACUAAGUCUUCUACUUCUUGGCGUAUUACACCAGAGCUGUGUGCCCAUUUCCAGAAAGGAGGAGGCAGUGGAGAAGAGGAGGAGAUGGAAGAAGAAUGUAGCAGUGAGUAUAUGUAGAUCGAGGUUUUUGUACUCUUGCUAGUCAUUAGGUGUUCGGGCCUUUACAACGGUCCCCUUUUGAAUUAACGAUCAUUGUUAGCACCUUUUCAAUCUUUAGUGAGAAGCUUCAUCACAGAUUUCAACCCAGUUUAACUAGAGCCAAAGUAUAUCACAAUGUCAUGGCUCUGACAAAGUCACAGUAGAGCAAAUGGAACUUAGUUAAAGCACCAGUACUUGGCCCAUACAUCGGCCGUGGGCCGUUGUUGUUAACGGCCCGCAACGUCCGGCUUCGGGGUACCAGACCUCAAUGGCUGGAAGCGCCAGCCAAAACAAAGCCGAAAGGGCGCC